AUGGAUGAAGACAUCAUAUUCUGGAAAUGGGUGAACCCGUCUUACAUCGGCAUUAUUACCGCCAAAUGUGUAUACCAUUGGCAUAUUGAAGGGACUGGCGGGCCAAAGAAGAUCUUUGAUAGACAUUCUUCGCUGGAAAACUGUCAAAUUAUCAACUAUAAGUGUAAUUCCGAUCUUUCUUGGUGUUUUCUGGUCGGCAUUUACGCCAAAGAUCAAGGCGUUGGCGGAACCAUUCAACUAUUUUCGCAAUCAAAGUCGGCCAGCCAAAUUAUCGAUGGGCAUGCGGCAGCCUUUGCCGAUUUGCUGAUGAAAUCGGAGUAUUCAACGUACACGGUAAAGCUGUUUUGCUUUGCAUCGAGGGCUUCGACGUCCCUUUCCAAGGUUUCGUCCGACAUUUUCUUCCCAACCGAUGCUCCUGGUGAUUUUCCAGUUGCGCUACAAAUUGGGCAUCGGUUUGACAUCAUCUACAUGAUCACCAAGCUGGGCUUUAUUCAUCUGUAUGAUCUGCAAUCUGGCGCUUGCAUUUUUAUGAAUCGAGUGUCAACGGAUACCAUUUUUGUGACCACCGAGUAUACCCCGGACUCGGGCAUUAUAGGAGUCUUGUCGGUGUCAAUAUCGGAGGAAAACAUCAUCCAACAUCUUGUCGAGGUGGUGCAAAAUCCCAAGCUUGCCAUUAAGCUUGCUUUGAAGGGCAAUUUCCCCGGUGCUGAACAGCUCAUUUUUACCGAAUUCCAUGCGCUCGUUGAAAAGGGCAAAAUGUUGGAGGCAGUCACGCUUGCAGCCCGCUCGCCCAAUGGCUAUUUUGCGCCUGCUGGGCAGUUGGCGCCGUUGCUGCAGUAUUUUGCGAUUAUUUUGGAAAAUGAUCGCCUAACGGAGUAUGAAACCAUUGAGCUCUCAACUUUGCUGAUUUCGCAAAGCAAAAACGAAUUGCUCAAAAAAUGGUUUGAAGAGGACAAGCUUACUUGCUCCCAGGAGUUUGGGGACAUCCUGCAGCCGAUAUAUCCUCGAUUUGCGGCAGAAGUGUACAAAAAAAGCAGAUGCCAUUCCAAGGUGCUCGAAUCGUACAUGAUCAUUGGCCUAUAUGCGGAUGCCAUUGAGUAUGCAAAGCUCCACAAGCUCAAGCCAGACUAUGAAUAUUUGCUAAACAUUGCCAUCAAAAGCAAUGCGCCUGAAAGCACGUCGCUUUCCAAAAUGCUGCUGUCAAGCAACCCGCCUCUGCUGACGAUCGGAACUGUUUUUGCUUGCUAUUGUGAAGGUGGAUAUAUUGACGAGCUCUAUGUGGCGAUGAGGGAAAUUCUGCAAACCAACACACCGGAAUGCGGGGCCCAUCAAACUAGGCUUCUUGAAAUCCUUUUUGACUACAACGUAAAUAUUGCUGCAGAUGUGCUUUCAAAGCACAUUUUUACCGCUUACGACAAGGAUCGAGUGGCUCAGCUGUGUGAAAACAAUCACAUGAUCAUGCUUGCUUUGGAAAAUUAUACCUCCAUAGAGGACAUCAAACGGCUGAUAGUGCGAACAGACGUUUUGGAUUUCAAGUUCAUCAGCUUUUUCUUUUCAAAGCUUUCCGUAUCGAAGGCUUUGGAGUGUCUUGCUGCUUUGUUGAAAAGCGACAUUUCAAAAAAUCUGCGCAUCUGCAUCGAGGUAGCUAGCAAUCGCAUCGCUGAUAUCAAGCCGUCCUCUUUUGUUCUGAUUCUUGAAUCGUUUGAUUGCGACGAAGGCAUAUUUCUGUAUUUGCAGCGCGUGAUCAACGGCAUCAGCGAUCCUGAAAUCCAUGCUCUAUAUUUUAAACUGCUGAUAAGAUAUGCUUCUGUGGAUGAUAUUGCAUCGUUUGCCAAUGUGGUAAAUGUGGCAAACCCGAUUGUUUAUUGCCAACAAAUGGCGGAAAAAUUUACGCAAUAUCAAGAGCAGCAACCACUGCUGAUCAUAUGCAGCAAAUAUGGAUUGGAAGAGUUCUUUUUUGACUUCAUCCUAAAGAUGGGGUAUCACGACCUUUCUGUUGAAUAUGUAAAAUACAAUCCGCAUACGCUGCCUUCCGUGAUUGCCUUCAUUUUGGACCGGUAUGAGGGCGAUCAAGAUACCCUCGUCGGUGUUCUGUUGAGCGACUUUACCUCUUUUUUGAGCAACGAUGAAGUCUUUGAGCUUGUGGAGCUUUUGCAAAAGCACGACAAACUAUAUCUGCUGAUCCCCUGGAUUCAGUCAACAUUGAUGGACAAUUCGCACAAAUACGACAAAACACUGCUGGCAAAUGCCGUUGCCAAGUCGCUUCCGAUGUCGUCCGAUGAGCUGGUUGCUUUUCUGAAGCAAAACCCGUAUUAUGACAGGAGAUUGGUUGGCAAGUUUUUCCAGGCAAAAAACAACCCCCGCUUGGCCUCCAUCUGCUACUCUACGGCAGAGCUAGCCGAUGAGCUGAUGGAGCUGUCGCUGGAAACUCUUCAGUACGGCGAAUUGAUCCCUUUUCUGCUGAAAAUGAAAGAUGCCACAAAGUGGGGCCAUUUUUUAUCAAAUGCAUCCUUCAAUAAGGAGGAGUUCUUGGCCAAGACUUCCAAAGAUGCCGAUUCAUUUGCCAUUCUCAUCAAGGUGUUGAUCAUCUCCAAAAAGACCUCCAUCCUUCUUCCUGUGUUGGAAGUACUGGUGCUGGAAAACGAGCAUUUUUCGAAGAACAAAAAUUUGCAAACCCUUUUCAUGGUCACUUUGGCAAAGGUUUUGCAUUUUCCUCUUUCUCCCUCCAUCAAAUUGAAGGCGUACGACUCCAAAGAGGUUGCCGAUGCUGCAAUCAAGGAGGGCCUGUAUGAGCAGGCAUACCUUAUCCACAAGGCCGCAGGAAACUUGAAAGAGGCUGCAGAAAUUCUAAUCAAAAACAUGAAUGACCUCGACAAGGCCACCGAGUUUGCAGAUAAGUACCGUGUUCCUUUUAUUUACCAACUUUUGGCCAAUGAACAAUUUUCUAACCACCUUAUAAAAGAAAGUAUUAGCAGCUUUAUAAAGGCCGACGACUUUUCCAAAUAUGCCCAAGUCGUUCCCAAGGCCAAAGAGGCUGGAUGCCUUGAAAGCCUGGUUUCUUACAUCGAGCUGGCCAGGGUCAAAUACAAGGAGCAAUUUCUGGAUACCGAGCUUUUGUAUUGCCUUGCGUUUUUGGAAAAGUUUUCAAAGCUUCAGGCUUUUCUGUCUGCUCCCCACAAAGCACGCGCGCUUUCAACGUCCACAACAAACAAAAGCCACGCAAAAAUCUUUUCAAUGGCCCUCGACAAAGGGUUGUUUGAUUUCUCGUGUGAUCUUGUUUGCAUAGUGGUGUUGAAAUCGCCGCACUCGCUCCAAUCGGUUGAAGCCCUGUGCCAGGAGUAUGAGAAAAGAGGCCUUGUCACGGAACUGGUGUCGAUGCUUGAAAAACUGCUCGCUUCGGCUGCUCAACACUCGGCAAAGAAAACGCUAACCUCGAUGUUGUGUCUUGUCAAGCUCAAAUAUUACCCAGACACGUUCUUGGAUUGUUUGCAAAGCUCCAGUUCGGCAUGCGUUGACUUUUCUUGGCUCACCGAGAAGAUUGUGGCUGUUUUCCCGGAUGCCGUUUGUGUUUAUCAGAAAAUCGGCCUGUUUUUCUGGUCCAACACCCCUUCCAAGGCGUUGGAGUAUGUGUUCAAGUAUCCCGCUGUGCUGUCCAUACAUGAUGACCUGCUUAAAACAACAUAUCCAAGGUGUGUGCGCCAGCUCGCUUCUGACGACGACAUGAUGGAAAGAACGUUUUUGUUGCAUCUUUCGCUUUUUCCGCGAGACGUGUUUCGCUUUUUCAAGGAAAUCCCGCUCUCCCAAAACAGCAUUCAGAAGAUCUUUGCAAAGAUAAAUUCGUCCAACCAGCUAUCGAUGGCACCGUGCUUUGAGCUCGUUCAGCACUAUCAUGAGCGCUAUGAUGUUGAAUCGAUUAACAGCAUAUUCCACGACAUGUGUCUCAAAAGGUGCGACUACAAGUCCAUUGAAAGCUCCAUCAACUCAAAGUCAAACUUCAACAAACAAGCCUUGCUCGACACACUCGCCAGCAUUUCUACCACGGAGUGCACGUUUUUGUCCGGGUGUCUUUACCUUAAAAUGGGGCUGCAUGCCAAGGCUUUUGAAACCUUUGAUCACAUCCACUGCACUUCUGCCAUCCUUUUAUCGCUCAAGGCUUCCAGGUGCACCGAGCUUGUGCUUCAAGCGCUCGAGGUUUUCCAUAAAAGAAAUCACAUCUCGACUUUUACUUUAACUCUGUUCCAUUGCUUUGAUUUCACUCCCUUCCAUUCGCUGCUAUCUCUGAUCUGGCUGAACGCAUCGUACUCUCAAGCCUUUCUUGAUGCCUCUUUCCCGCUGAUCAUUGCGAAAACACAUGAACUGGAGUGCCAUUUAAAUAAACAAAGUACUAACUAG